AUGCAUUUUCCUCUCUUGCAGUUGAAAGAAAGGAAGGAAUCAGAAGAAUGGAUGAACGACAGGAAGAAAGAAAAAACCGUGCUCAAUGGAAAAUCGCAUCGAGAACUUAAAAAUGAACUGAAAUACAAGAAAGUCCUUUCGGACAAAGAGAGAGAGCUGAAAAAAAAUCAACAACAACGCAAGGCGGAAAUUUGUGAGCUAGCUGCACAGAUUUCCGCUUACGAAGCCGAAUGCGAAAGAAGAGGAUUGAAUAUUGAGGCCGACAAGAAAAUGAAGAUCAACAUGACAGGGACAAUCGAAUUUCUUCGACAGAAGAAUGACGCCCUCCUACGAGAACUAACCAGCGGUAUCGUUGGUAAAAUCAGAAUUGUAAAGCGGUUCUUUGGAGCUGCCAUUAGCGCCAUUACAGCGCGCUUCCACUGA